GGGGCCCGCGCGUCACUACGAAACACAGUAUUUGACGAGCAUGGCUACCAGCAAGUUCUGUUCGCGUCUCCGCAACGUUACAAGAUUGUCAAUAACAAAUUCAGGCAGCAUUUUCCCCGCCGUCGCUUCGUCAACAAUCCGGCAUGCAGGAAUCGGAAGAACGCAUUUCACCUACGCACCGGAAUCCCCGCCAACGAAUUCCGGUGAUACGCAAGAGAUGAACAUGUUCAAAGCAAUAAACAACGGCCUUGCACUCAGCAUGGAAGCGGACGAAUCGGCAGUAUUCUUCGGGGAAGACGUGGCCUUCGGCGGUGUCUUCAGGUGUUCGAUGGGUCUUCAGGAACGCUUUGGUAAAGAUCGGGUAUUCAAUACGCCGCUUUGCGAGCAGGGAAUCGUCGGUUUCGGCAUCGGCAUCGCGAACAUGGGAUCGACCGCAAUUGCGGAAAUACAAUUCGCCGACUAUAUUUUCCCCGCCUUCGAUCAGCUCGUCAACGAGGCUGCCAAAAUGCGGUACCGCAGCGGCGGAGACUACGAUUGCGGAAAAUUGACCGUCAGGGCACCAUGCGGAGCGGUCGGUCACGGCGGUCUCUACCAUUCCCAAUCACCCGAAGCUUAUUUCGCUCACACUCCAGGCCUCAAGGUCGUGGUGCCUCGUGGACCGAUAAAAGCCAAGGGUUUGCUGAUGAGUUGCGUGGCCGAGCCUGAUCCCUGCAUAAUAUUUGAGCCAAAAAUUCUUUACCGUGCCGCGGUUGAGGAGGUUCCGAUCGGCAGAUACGUUACGGAAAUCGGCAAGGCGGAAAUCGUCAGGAAAGGCACCGACGUAACUCUCGUCGGCUGGGGAACUCAGGUUCACGUUCUGAUCGAAGUUGCGAAUCUCGUCGAGGAGAAGCUCGGAGUUUCCUGCGAGGUGAUUGACCUCGUUACAAUCCUCCCGUGGGACGUGGAUGCCGUUUCUCAGUCGGUGAAAAAAACCGGUCGAUUGAUCAUCGCCCACGAGGCACCGCUCACCUGCGGUUUUGGAAGCGAAAUAGCAGCUACUAUUCAGGAAUCGUGUUUCCUGAGCCUGGAGGCGCCGAUCCAGCGAGUCACAGGAUGGGACACGCCGUUUCCACACAUUUUCGAGCCCUUUUAUCUCCCCGACAAAUGGCGGUGCUUCGACGCCGUCAAGAACAUCGUCAACUACUGAUAAUCCUCGAUUCCAGGACGCCAAAUCGUCGCACCCGACCGAUCCUCUUUCAAAGGACGUGGAAGUGGAAGAAGAAAUCCUUCAUUACACGCAACGCGAAACAAGGGCUAUACUUUAAUGUACAAUUUUUUUGUUUUUCUUUUUUUUUUACUUUCACCUAUCUCGCAUGUACGUUAUAAUAUAAUAUCUUGAAAAUUCUAAGCUGCAAAGAGCUCUCGUGCGCUCUCCCCGACAGGGAAAUACUUUUAUUAUCCCGUAACUUGUGCGGGUGAAACCUUGAAUCGUGUGGUAAGGGGGAUGAAAAUUUUCGAAAGUACACGGACAUCGAGACGUGGCGCGAUCCGGUUUUUCUUAAUUACUCCCGCCGGGUACAUACAUGGAUUUAGGUAGAAAUGUGUACGUGUGUAGGCAGUCGGCGACAAAAGUCAAUGAUUCGAAAGGACGUCCUUGCCGCUCGGGCGCUGCUGCAUGAUCUAUAACUGCACGUCGGUUUGUACACAGGCAUUAUCAUACAGCCUGAAAGUCUGCGGUGUACGUGAUUUCUGUUCCCAAUAUAACAAGGGAUCUGAAAAUGAGAAAAUCAAGUUUAAUUCAAUGGAACGAUUCAGGAUAAUAAAAAUAUUGUACGUAA